AUGCGAGAUUUUCUCUAUUUCUUUUUCUCUCUCUCCCUCUUUCUUUUUUUCUUUCUUUGUCUUUCUCUCUCACUAUUCCUCACUCUUUCUCUCUCUUACUCUUUCUCUCUCUUUAUUUCUUUCUCUCUCUUCUUCUUUCUCUCUCUCUUUUUCCGUCCUGAUACUUUUCUUACUUCUUUGUUUAUUCUCACUGUUUCUUUAUCUCUCAGAGUUUUUAUUUUACUAUCACUUUCUCUCCUUAUGUAUGUGUCUAUCGAUUUCAGCCAUUAUUUAUCUCUCCCACACUAUUUAUUACCGGCCUCUUCUCUCUUUUUAUCUAUGUGUAAACCUUUUGCCUCUCUCUUACCAUCGUGUCCCUUAUUGUCAGUUACACACACUCUCUCUCUCUCUCUCUCUCUCUCUCUCUCUCUCUCUCUCCCUCUCCUAUUAAGUGCUUUUCUUCUUUGUUUCUUCUCGCUCUUUCUUUUUUAUUUUACUUUUACUUUUUCUCGCCUUAUGAAUGUGUUUAUUGAUUUCGGCCAUUAUCUUUCCCUUGCUAUCAGUCUUUUCUCUCUAUUUUAUCUAUAUGUAAGCCUUUCAUCUCUCUCUUACCAUUCCGCGUACCGAUGCCCCACCCGCUAUCUUAGCAUAUUUUUGAAGUGGGCGGAGUUACGCACGAUUGAAAAGCCUGACACUUCUUUACCCGCUACACAGCUUAGCGCAAUUUGUAUUUGUCUUGCUAGUUCACGUUUCUAUCUAUAUCCACGUGCGUGCGUGUGUGUGAAUAUUUCGUCUUCUUUUUCGUUAGGGGGCGUGUCUUUUUUUUUUAAUUUCAAUAUUCUGUCUCUUUUGAAUCUCUUUUCUUUCUCUAUUUUUCUUUUUCAUUUCUCUUUAUAUUUUCUUUCCUGUUUGCUUUUUUUCUUUUUUACUUUUUUCUCUUUCUUGCAUUUUUUCAUUAAUUCUUCCUAUCCUUUAACUUAUUCUUUCUUCUUUAAUUUCCAUACGCCCUAUCUAUCUAUCUAUCUAUCUAUCUAUCUAUCUAUCUAUCUAUCUAUCUAUCUAUCUACAACCUACCUACCUACCUAUCUGUUGAUAAUCGUUACGUCACCUAUACCUCUCUCUAUUUCUCUUUCUCUCCCUAUUUCUCUCUCCCUAUCUUUCUCACUAUCUCUCUCUCUCUCCUUCUAUUUCCCCUUCUCUUCCUCUCUCUUUCACUUUCUCCUUCUCUGUAUUUCUCUUUCCCUGUCUAUUUCGAUUAAAUCUGGCUGA